AUGAAAAGAUCAAUUGGAAUAAUUUCAUCUUUAUGCUCAAUAUUUUUAUUAAUCGGAAUAGAAUGCCUUCAAUUUAAUGAAUUAAGUUUUAAAAGAAAGCAAAAAGCUGAUAAUAAGCUUGAGAGUAUUCAAAAUAAAUCUUCACUUUUAGAAUGUACAGAUGCCCUAAAUAGUUGGUCUUAUUUUGCAAAAAUGAGUGUAAAAAAAUUAUUGGAAGAUGAAUUCAAGAAAAAAGAGUACAUUUUCUUCUUAGAAACUUUAACUCCACAAAUAUACACGAUUGAUGAAAGUUUUAAUCAAUGUAAAAUGGAAUUAUUGAAAUAUAAUAUAUCAACUAAAAAUGAAACAGGCCAAUUCAAAUUAGAAUUAAAAUCUAAAGGUGAAAAAGAAAUGGUAUUCAAUACAAAAGAAUCAGUUAAAGAAGCCUUAAAUAGAAUUGAGGAACUUAGUCAAAGAAAUGAUUUGAUAAAUGAAGCUAAAAAACUUAUAUUAGACUUUGACUCAAAUAAUAUUUGCACAGAAUGCAAACUAUUCUCUUCUCAAAUGGCUCUUAUUAGUGUUUUAAAGAGAUUGAGACUGAUUUACAACUCUUAUAUUAUAGAACUCGAAAGUAAUAUUGAUCUCAAUAUAUUGAAAGAGAUUGAAAAAUCGGAAAAUAAAAACCUGAGGCAAAACUGA